AAACAAGAAUUUAUUCUUAAAAUAAUAAAUAAAUAAAUAGGGAAUAAAUGUUAAUAACGUUAAAGUGGUAAUAUUCAUCACAAAUGGGAAUCUUACAGUUCCAUCAUCAUGAAUAUAUAAAUAUAACAACCAUAAACUGUUCAGAAGUUCACUGUUGACUGUUUUUUUCAUUCUUUUCUCCGUUUACCUCAUGUUUUCCUUCUGUUGUAGUUGUUAUAAGUUGUCGUGGUGCUGUUCUCUCAUCACGUUUGAAAACAGGAAAACAAAAACUGAGAGAAAAGCAUGAGUACAGUCAAUGGCUGCAAAACAAAAACAGAUAGAUAGAUAGAUAGAUAGAUAGAUAGAUAGAUAGAUAGAUAGAUAGAUAGAUAGAUAGAUAGAUACUUUAUUUCUUCCCUAGGGGAAAUUCAUGUGUCAGUUAGCUCAUUGUUGAUAAAAAAAAAAAAAAGUUAUUAAUAAAUAAACAAUAAUAAUUAUGAGAUAUAUGAAUAAUAAUGAGAACUCAACUUCACGAUAACACUUCACAGUACUGUGCACUAAUAUUCAUUCAUGCUUAAGUAAUGCAUAGAUCAUGAGUUAAUGAAUUACUCAUUAAGAACUGAGCUGUGCAUUAUUGUUUAAUAUUGAAGAGUCUAUCUGAUUAAUAGACUGAGUUAUAUAUGAAUUGCUAUUAGUUAAAUUUGCCAUCAUGGAUUAAUUUCCUAUCAACAUCUAACAUUAAUUAAUACUGUAAAUUCAAGCCAUUUAUUUCACCUUGAAACUGUCUGCACCCAAGAUGCACCAGUUCAUCUGGUAAAGUGGCGUCCUGCUUUAGUUGUUCAUGGGAUCAUUCCUGGUGUAAGUUUGUGGUCUAGGACUUAGAGGCGGGACACUGAGGUGCUGCUGAUUCAGGAACAGUAACAGCUGUAAAUGGUUCAGUUCAAACACACAUCCUCUGACACCGUAGUCACUGUUCCACAGACUCUUUUCCAGAAUUUGGAAAAGCUGUUGAAUGAAUAUCACACUUCAUUCACAGAGUAAUUACCAGCACACAACAGUAUAUAGAAAUACCAUUUCAAAACCCCACUAAUAUUUAAUAAUUUACAAAACAGACCUCAGAUCAGAAAAUUUAAAAUAUAUUGUUAAAAAAAGCAGGUGUCAAAGGGUUGCUAUGGUAAUAGUACAGAGGGAAAGUAGAGCUAGGCUGUUCUGUGUAGAGUUACCAUAGCAACAGGUAAACAAGAAGCUCAGAGGCAGAGAGAAAAUGUCGGCUCAAAGGAAAGCAGCAGAUGAGGAGAACAAGGAGGUUUUCUCAGAGGAGGAGGAGGACUUAGAAGAGGCACUGAGGGAGGCUGCCACCACCACGGCUGCCAGAACAAAGUCUGGACUGUCCAAACAACAAGUCAUCUCCAAAAUCCCAGAAGUGGUGGAUGACUUCCUGAGGAACUUCCUCCGAAGAUCUGGCCUGAGCCGGACUCUGAACAGCUUUGAGGCCGAGUGGUACAGCUCAGCACAGACGCUCCUGACAGAAACCCUGAUGCCAGCGACGCCAACAACAGGCAUCUUCUUCAUCCCUGAUGCUCUCACACACAGGCAGCUCCUCCACAGCGAGCUGGAGAGGAUCCGCAGGGAGACACACCAGCUCAGACAGGAGGUGCUGGCAGCGGGGGAGAGCAUGGUGAGGAUGCAGAGGGAGAGAGAUUUCCACCGGCUGCAGUACCAACAAGUUGCGAAGGACAAAAACAGGCUGAUUGAGGACUUCAAACAGCUGAAGAAACACCUGGAGUCCUAUGAGCCAGCGCUGAGACAGCUGGAUGACAAAUAUCAAGCUGCUCUGAGGCAGAAAAUGCUCAUCAGUUUAGAAAAAGACAGAGUUCAAAACAACUCAGAGGCAAGACUGAAUCAUGAAAAAACCCAAAUCAAGAAAGAGAGAAGCAUCACAAGGAGUGACAACACUGAUAAAGCAAAAAGCCCCAAAACUAGACGUCCAAAGUCUUCACAGUUUCCCAUCUGCAGCAGGCGAGUCAGCCCCAACCUGGAUCCCCCCAGAUCCCUCAGCCUGUCCUGCUCCAUCAGAGCCCACAAGCUUCCCAUCAGCUGCAUCAGUCUCCAUCCACGAAAACUGAUCCUUUCCUCCACCAGUGACGACCACAGCUGGAGGCUGUGGGUGCUGCCUGCUGACGGAGAGAAGGUUGGUCAGAUGCUGCUCACAGGUGAGGGUCACUCUGAUUGGUUGUCUGGCUGCAGUUUUCACCCUGAUGGGUCAAAAUUGGCAACAACCAGUGGAGACACAACAGUGCGGCUCUGGGACUUGUGUCAGGGCUGCUGUGUGUCGACACUGUCCAGUCACAGCCAGCCCACCUGGGGCUGCUCCUUCCACUCCUGCGAUCACUUCAUGGCUUCCUGCUCUGCUGACAGAACUGUCAAACUGUGGGACCUGAACAGCCAGUGCUGCUGCCUCACUCUGCGCCGCCACACCGCGUCCGUCAACAGUGUCUGCUUCCUGCCCUUCUCCAACCUCCUCCUCAGCUGCUCGGCCGACAAAACCCUCGCCCUGUGGGACGCCAGGCUGGGCGUCUGCACCACCACCCUCAGUGGACACUUGCAUCCCUGCAACCACGCUGCCUUCAGCCUGGCUGGUGACAUCAUGGCCUCCUGUGACUCCCACGGCGUUGUCAACCUGUGGGACAUUAGGAGGCCUGUGUCGGCAGUGGCCACUGUGGAUGCUGGACCGCUGGGCGCCAACCACGUGGUGUUCAGCCCAUCGGGGCAGACACUGGCGGUCGCGAGCAGUGACAGGCUGGUCAGACUUGUGGAGGUGGAUUCUUGUGCAGUGAGCAGCCUGUCAGGACACAGUGACUGUGUGCAGAGCGUGACCUUUGACCACAGCGGUGAUACUGUGAUGUCAGCAGGGAGCGACGGGCUGAUCAACGUGUGGUCAGAACAUAAGGAGGCGGUUACUGAAACCAGCUGAUGUUUUAGAUGAUGAUCAGAUUGUCCUGCUGUCGCUUUUCAGCGUCCAACUCAGCCUGUGAUGAUGUCAUACUGAUGUCAUCAGGGUUCUCUUGGAUUGGAGACUUAAAUUACAAACUGAAGAUGUGGAGUUUGACAGAUAAACAGAUUAUCAGCAUUCUCUCUUUAAUCCGUCUCUCAAGUCUUCCUCCUUUAUGAAAACAACACUUCAGUCACUGGAGAUACACGAGCCUCUUCAGCUUCCCACUGAUACAAGAAUUUAACCACACUUCAAUGUGGUUUGAAAAAUCCAGACAUGCAUCUGUUUUUGAAACAAGUUGUGAAAAUAUAAAACGCACAAAACCACUUUUCAAUUCCAAUUCCCACCAAUAUCCAAGACAUCAUCAAAUGAAAUGCACUGACACCAUGAAGGCAGACACCAUGUUUUAAUGUGAGCUGUUUGGGACGACCCUGUCACAUGGAAAUGAACAUUCAAAACCUCAUCUGUUACAAUAUAAAUAACUUUUCAUGCUGUAACCACAGCAUGUAAGAGAAAACACUGACAGCCUGUUAAUAAAAAUACUUUGUUUCCUAUCCAAAUCAAACUAUAAGUAAUUUCAUAACGAAGGAACAAAACCUAAUGUCUUCAGACAGUGUGAGGCUGUGAUGAUCUUUACACACCAGAAAAUCAAAUAUCUGACAUGUUAAAACUGUGUGGAUGGAGCCAGAGGAAAGACAAUGUUGUUAGUGUCUAUGUUCCCAUCACAUUAUAAGUGAUGGAUGGUAGAGAUGGCAAGAUUCUCAUAUGCAGUGGACAACUCAAGACU